GGCCCCGUGAGUGGAGGAGCGGAGCUGGGGAGGGCUGCACCCUGCUCCCCGGGGCCCAUACUCCCGGACGUCGGAAGAACUUGGGCAUGAACUUGCGCCUGUGCGGCUGUGUGUACGGAGCCCCGGAGAUCGGGAGGCCAAGAGCGUGAGGUUGGCCGCAGCCCGCCCCGCUGGCUGGCGCCCUUCCUCGGGGAGGAUGUCAAGAGACCAAGUCAGCUGGAAAAAUGAUCUUCCAAACAGUAAUGUGAUAGCCUCAACCCAAACCAGAGAGGGUCUAAACCUCGUGUUGAUAAGUGGAGAUGUUAUGUAUUUCCAGGCCGAUGUCAUUGUCAACACUGUUCCCAUGAAUCUUCAACUUGGAGGAGGAACACUAUCUCAGGCUCUUUUGCAGAAAGCUGGUCCAAAGCUCCAGGAAGAGUUAUAUGCCACCAGGCAGGAAACAGAAGAGGAAGUAGGUAGCAUGUUCAUGACAAGCGGUUGCAAUCUGAGCUGCCAAGCUGUCCUCCAUGUGGUGGCCCCAGAAUGGGAUAAUGGAGCAGGGUCUUCUCAGCAGAUCAUGGCGAAUAUAAUCAAGAAAUGUUUGACAGCUGUAGAAGAGUUAUCUUUUUCAUCAAUCACAUUUCCCAUGAUCGGAACAGGAAAUUUGAGGUUUCCCAAAGCUAUUUUUGCUGAACUAAUCCUUUCAGAAGUGUUCGACUUUAGUAGCAGUGCCUGGCAGAAAACCUUACAAAAAGUUCACUUUCUGGUAUAUCCAGGUGAUGAUGAAAUGCAGCAGGCAUUUUUACAUAAAUUCACUGAAUGGUCAAGUGGAAAUCCCGACAAGGACAGGAUUCUCAUGGCUGGAGGUAGCCAAGGUACCUUCAGGCCUGGCUCCAACCCUGGGUUCACAACAUAUCAAAUGAAAAUUGGUGCAGUUACUUUCCAGAUUGCUACCGGAGAUCUUACCAAAGAAAAGGCAGAUGUGAUUGUAAACUCAACAACAAGGACCUUUAAUCUGAAAUCAGGGGUGUCAAAAGCAGUUUUAGAAGGUGCCGGGCCAGCCGUGGAAAAUGAAUGUGCUGUACUAGCCGCACAGCCUCACAGAGAUUUCAUAAUUACACAAGGUGGCUACUUAAUGUGCAAGAUAAUAAUUCAUGUGCUUGGGGAGAAUGAUGUCAGGAAAACGGUCUCCACUGUUCUAGAAGAGUGUGAGCAGAGGAAGUACACUUCUGUCUCCCUUCCAGCCAUCGGAACAGGCAAUGCUGGAAAAAACCCAACCACAGUUGCUGAUGACAUGAUCAGUGCUAUUACAGACUUUGCACAGAAACAUCCCACCCCAUCGUUACAAAAAGUUAAAGUUGUCAUCUUUCUAUCUGAAUUGCUAAAUGUAUUCUAUGACAACAUGAAAAAGAGAGAAAAUUCCAUAUCACCUGCCCUUCAGUCCACAUGCUUUGAGACUGCAUUUUUAGGAUUCUACAGACGGCCUCCUAUAAUAUAUGGGACAAGUACAAGAACUAUGGAACGCCACCUCCUGACCGCUGAUUCUUCUGUGGGGCAAAAUCGCUCCUGGAAAACAGGAAUUGCAAAGGAACAGAAAAAGAAUAGAAGUAAUCUUCCUGAACACUGGGCUGACAUGAAUAAGCAGCUGUCCUGUGUGAUCAAGCUAUAUCCCGGACAGUCAGAAUAUGACACCAUAAAGGACAAGUUCUCUGAGACUUGUCUUUCCUACAAAAUAGAGAAGAUUGAGAAGAUACAGAAUAUAUGCCUCUGGCAGAGCUACCAGAUAAAGAAAAAGCACAUGGACUUGAAGAAUGGCCAUACAGAUAAUGAGAGAGUCCUGUUCCAUGGGACAGAUGCAGACUCAGUGCCAUAUGUCAAUCAGCAUGGCUUUAAUCGCAGUUAUGCUGGGAAGAAUGGUGCAGCCUAUGGAAAAGGAACCUAUUUUGCUGUUGAUGCCAGCUAUUCUGCUGAUGAUAUAUAUUCCAGACCAGAUGGCAAUGGCAGAAAGCAUAUUUAUGUUGUACGAGUACUUACAGGAGUCUACGCACGUGGACAUGCAGGAUUAGUUACCCCUCCAUCAAAGAACCCUCACAAUCCCACGGAUCUGUUUGACUCUGUCACAGAUGAUACACAAUAUCCAAAGCUAUUUGUGGUAUUCUCUGAUAAUCAAGCUUACCCAGAAUAUCUCAUAACUUUUAGGUGUUAAAAAAUAGGUUGUUUCUUUUUUUUUUUUCAUCUCAAAGAGAUGAUUUAGUCAUCUAUUUAUAAGAACAAUUUAUAGGGUUUUUGUCUUUGCCUUUGGCUUGUUUAUGUAGAUAAAAAUCUCUCUGUUAGGUGCUAACAUGCUGAAAACAGCCUUUUAAAAAUGCUCUAUUGCAAUUUGUAGCAUACCUCUUUUCUGAGCAUAUUGAUGAGUGGAAGCUAAGAAAUGUGGAUGACAUAAUGAUAGCUACAACUAUUUACAGACACCAAAUGUGUAGGAGAACAAAGAGAGCACAUUACUUUUGUCUAGCAGAGAAGAAAUAAGAUGAAUCACUUUAAAACCAAGAUGUCAUUGUUCUUAUAGAACAUGUUAAGACAUCAAACUGUGUUGGGCUCAACGGUACUAUUAAAUGAAUAGGCUGCUAAUGUGCAUCUGCAACAGCUGGGAAUUUUGCCUCCUGAAGGAAUACUUAGUAGCCAGAGCUCAGCUAGAAUGAUUGAAUCAAAUCUGUUGUGGAAUAAAUCAGGUAAAAAUGUGUUGUACCACUGUCUAACUCUACAUAACAAAUUACUACAAAAUUUAGUGGCUUUGUGGGUAAGGAAUCCAGGCAUGGCUUAGCUGGGUCGUUCUGACUUAGGGUCUCUCCCGAUCUUGAGUAAAGAUGUCGGCAGGGGAUGCAGUCUUCUGAAGGCUUGACUGGGGCUGGAAGGUCUGCUUCCACUUAAAUAGAAAGUUUUUGCUGGCUGGCAGGAGUCCUCAGUUUUUCUCCCCAUGGUCCUCUCUAGGCUGCUUGCUCAUGACAUGGUACUCCACAGUCAGCAAUUCGGGAGAGAGGAAGGAGAAGCCAUGAUGUCUUUUAUGACCUAGCUUCGGAAGUCACACUCCAUCUUUUCCACAGUAUCCUGUUGGUUCCACAGAUCAGCUCAUUCAGUGUAAGCGGGACUUACAUAAGCGCCUGGACACCAGUAGACAGCGAUCAUUGGGGAGCAUCUUAGAGGCUGUAUAAAUGAGUGAAUGACUGAUACAUUAAUAAAAUGUGAGCAGUGAAAAGGACUCUAGAGGUCAUCUGAGCCCACUGUCCCCUCAUCUUUCUCCCCCCGCCCCCCACUCCCAGGGCAUAAGGCCCUCAAGCCUCUGCUUGACCACUUCUAACACUCUACAUCUCAAGGAUCACUUACUCCAUCGUGAGACAACUUGAACUAUUGGAAAACUCUUGUUUACACUGAGUUGAAAUCUGUUCUUCUAUGUCUGUUGCCUGCCGAUCACCGUCCCAUGUUCUGGAGGGACACAGAGCAUCUCCUUCCUUUUACAGAUGGUGGCCCUUCAGAUUCGUCUCUUCCCUCUAUUAUACUAGAGUUAGGUAAAUUCUUGAAAUACUUAGCUUAUCCUGAAGCAUCACUUAUCAAGAGUUGAAGUCAUUUAAGAAGUGUUUACAUAAUCGUAAAUAAGCACAUGCACAUUAAAAGGAGUACAGGGAAGCUUAAAGAAAUAACUCCCUUCACCAAACUGUGUAUCACUCAUAACUGCGGCAUUCACAGGAGACCACUGCCAACAUUCUUACGUCCUCCCUUCUCCUUUCUUCUACAUCCACCUUCAACAAAGGCAAAGUCACACUUCAUUCUAUUACUUAAUUAUGCAAUAUGUAUCUACCUUUUUUCAUUUAACAUUAUAAGUGUUACCCUCAUGUUAUUAAUUUUUUCUGUAAAUAUCAUCUUAAUGGCCAAGUUAUUCCACUAUAUAUUUUCCUUUUAUGUAUAUAUAACUGUAAGGUUUUUAAAAUGUCAUCAUCUUUCCUUAUAGUUUAAUAAUCUAAUUUCAUUUUGCAAUAUAUCUGUAUCAUUUCCCCAAUGUCAUUAAAUAUUUUACCUAUCAUUUUGAUGGUUGCAUGGUAUUUCGUUGUAUGUCUC